GCCAUGGAUACCAGACCAUUACUGCUGCUAUGGCUCCUCCUCAUUACCCUGGACCAAUCAGCGGCAGUCUGCUGUGACCCUACAAAGAAGGUCUGCAGCGUGUCCUGGUACUUCGUCAAGGCAGGAUGUACCAAGUACUGCGGGGACGGAACUACGUCCACUCCUUGCUGUGGUCACGGUAAAUGCAACGUCUUCUGUUGUAACUGUGAUGGGGGCUGCAGGGGCAAGAAGAGAACUUUGGAAGAAGGACCAGACAGUCAGCUGGCUUCCCUGCAAGAUGAAACCACCUUGUUCAGCGAGACCCUUUCUCCUCACGGGUUUCAGGAGUAUGACGCCGAUGGUGACCAGAAACUCUCCGUGGACGAGGCCAUCGCCUUGCUGGAGGCGCUGGACACUGACGUCACCAACCUGCCCGCUGAUUGGUUCACGUCGAUGGAUUUGAAUGGUAACGGUUUUAUCGACGCUGCCGAGUUUGACAAGGACCUGUCUUUCACAAAGAAGUGGUGAACAGUGGUAUUAAAGGGCACAACAGCGAACUAGUCUAUAUGCUGCUUCUGAUACAGCUUGUGAUGUGCGUACGGUCCACAACAAAAUAGUGACAUCGGAAAUACAGAAUGCCUUACGUUGUCGUUUUUGUAAUUUUAAUAGCUGUUUCGUCAUGUUGAGCCAGUUAUGUGGAUGGCAUCUGCGCACACAUGACAAACAAAAAUGUAAAUCGUACAAUGGAGCUGUGCAAAUAGACGCC